GACAAAUCAUACCUUUGCUCUAACCUGUACCUGAUCCGAGUCCAGUUCCCCUGCUUCACCCCCUAUUCCAUGGCGACGCCGCCGCCGCUCCUCCGACUCCACCCUCACCGCAUCCUCCCUCGCCUCCGCCGCUUCACCUCUGGCCGCCUCCUUCUCCGCCUCCACCCCAAAUCCCUCUACGCCACUGCCUCCACCUCACAAGCCGCCCCAACCCCGCCUCCUCAACCUCCUCCCCACGGCCCCUCGCUCCGCCGCGGCCGCCCAACGAUAGGCCAUCCUCCCGAAGCGCCCCUCUCCUUCUCGCGCACAUUCGACCUCGCGGCCCUCCGCGUUCCCGCCGCCGCCUGCGCGUCCCUCGAGCGCCGCCUUCGCGGACACUUGCUCAACUGGCCCCGGGUCCGCAACAUCGCCCGUCUCCCCAACGACGACGGCGACGGCCUCAUAUCUCUCCCCACGUCUCCCCGAUCCUCCUCCGCCCUCCCGCCGACGGCGGUGGCGCGCCGCGAGAAGCUGGCCCGCGAGUUCAAUGCCCGCGGCUUCGUGGAGUUCCCCAUCCUCGCCAAGAUGUCACGGCCCGCCGGGCGGACGCGAAGGGAGACAAAGGGGAGAGCAGCCGGCGGCAAGGAGACCAAGUACGAGAAAGACAAGGUCUAUGUCGUGGAGGUGCUGGAGCAGGGAGGGGAGGACGACGAAGACGAAUGGAAGGGGUUAGUCGGGGGGGAAGGGUUCGGGAAGGGCGCGUGGCGAGGGGAGCCCACCCGGCUGUUGCUGCUGGAUGAGGGUCACGCCAAGAGGAGAGUUGAUGAGCUCCCCGAGGCCGUCAAGGUUGUGUUAGAACACGAAGCCAACCAGGGUGGACCUUUUGCCUAUGAGCUUGUGCAAUGUCAGCUAACCCUGUUCUAUGAUUACUGGCCAAUGAAUGAGGUCUUGGAGGCAUUACUUCCUGAAGGGAUAAUCAUUCCUGCAGGCUUUGAGACAGUAGGACAUAUUGCCCACUUGAACUUGAGGGAUGAACACUUACCUUAUAAGACACUUAUAGCUCAUGUAAUUUUUGAGUACAUAAUGGUCGUUCUAGACAAAAACAAGCCAAAGAUCCAAACUGUUGUCAAUAAGAUUGAUGCUAUUCAAAAUGAUUACAGAACUAUGCAACUUGAAAUCUUAGCUGGCCACGAUUCCCUUGUUACAACAGUUAUUGAGAGUGGCCUUCGUUUUCAAGUUGAUCUUGCAACAGUCUAUUGGAAUUCUAGAUUAUCAACAGAAAGGCAGAGGCUUGUCAACAAUAUCUUUCAAAAUUCUGAUGUUGUAUGUGAUGUAUUCUCUGGUGUUGGGCCAAUAGCAAUUUCAGCUGCAAAAAAAGUCAAAUAUGUUUAUGCAAAUGACCUAAACCCAGCUGCAGUUGAGUACCUUGAGCAAAACAUUGUUCUUAACAAACUUGAGAGAAAAAUUGAGGUAUUUAACAUGGAUGCCAGAAGGUUUGUUAAUGCGAUGUACUCAAGCCAACAUGUGCAUCCAGUCACACAAGUAGUAAUGAAUUUGCCCAAGGACGCUGCAGAAUUUUUAGGAUUUCAACAUGCAUGACAUCUGAAUCUUACACUUCCCUUAUUCCCGCGUUUUAAGAAUCCUGUAAACUAAAGGUGCAAAUUUGGAACUCGCUGGAUCUUAUUUUUUUCCUGGGCUGUCUAUUAUCAUGUUAAUGCUACUAGCACCGUACCAUUUCUUUUUGUAAAGGGAUGUAAUAACUAGAUGUACCUUCAUCCGAUUUACACUGAAUAUGUUUGACGAGCCUAUUCCAAAUUAGUUCUCAUGGGACAACGCAUUCCAAGUCCAUAUAUCCAUAUAAAGCAGGGACAGCAGACAAAUCCUUGUUUUAGAACACUGGCGAUAUGGCUUUUGAAGUCGAAGAAAGAAGAGGCAUUGUUGGAAAUACUCUCACAAGGAAAUAGUUACCUGCCUCUUAUUAUUAUUUUUGCAGGCCAAUGUGUUUCCAAAAACAUGUACUUUGUUCAUUCUAAUCAAUAUAUGUUCUUGAAAAAUUGGAUCAAAAUGU